AUGUUUGGCGUUUUGUUGGUGGGCCUCAUUUGCCUUUCUUCUGGUUUUGUAUCAUGUUCGCCACCCGAGGCACCCAAGGUGUCCCUGGCUCUGUAUUUUGAAAGCCUUUGUCCUGACUGCCAGCUGUUUAUUCGCAAGCAGCUUUAUCCAACUUACCUCAAGGUCGGCGAAAUCUUUAAUCUUACGCUUGUACCGUAUGGAAACGCAGAAGAAAGGCGAUCAGGAGACAAAUGGGUCUUCGAGUGCCAACACGGACCGAAGGAAUGCCAAGGGAACCUGAUUGAGACAUGCGCUAUUGCUCUGCUGAAGAACAUUUCGGUGUCUUUUCCUUUCAUUCACUGUUUUGAGGAGAACACGGAGAAAUCAGAGGAUCCGCAACCCGCUGAGAUAGCUGAGAAAUGCGCCAAAUCCUUGGGAAUUGACUAUUCUCCGAUCGAGACAUGCGUGAGCGGUCCCCAGGGAAACAGUCUGGAGCAUCAGAUGGCAGUAAAAACGAACGCACUUAAACCACAACACCAGUACGUUCCGUGGGUAACCCUGAACGGAAAACACACUGAGAAGCUGCAGAGGGAGGCAGAGAAUAACUUGCUGAAGCUUGUCUGCAAAUACUACACCGGACCCAAGCCAUCGGCGUGCGAACAACAGCAGAUUGGUCGCUGUUACAAGAAUGAGAAGCACAUACACAUUUAGUGAAUUUUCCUUUUAUUUUCUCGCUGUAGAUCAUUUAGAAAGUCCGAAGCCGUAUAGUACAUAACAUCAAGGAGCACGGCUCGGUCCGAAGCUGUUGUUGCUGUUUAGAGAAAUGUACUCAUUACACUGUAAUUGAAAAUAAACUGCUGUAGCUAAUGCAGACUGCCGUUCUUUUUAUGGGAUGUCCUCGUCUCGCAAAACCUCGUCCUUGUCUCACAAACCGCUCCCUUUUAUUAAAUGCAUUUUUUAUGAUAGAGAGUGGACAGAUUGAUGAUUUGCCUGAUCGCGGGUUUUUAUAGACCACUACACUCAAAAAGAUUCCCGACUUCGGAGUUAGUCCUACAUCGCUAUAAUCAUAUUGGAUGGGGAAAGUAACCAAGCAGAAAGCAAGAACAUGUUUAAGAAAAUAGGUUAAAGCGGAAAGCAGAACUUCUGCGCGUAUUUAUUGUUGGGAUUAGAAGAUCAUGUUUUUUUUAACCACACGGGGGUAUUUGUGCCGCCUGCCUUCGACCUAGUCCAUGGAACAAACAACACAACUCACAGACACCUGAGAGAUCUGUACAGUCCCCGAAAUGAUUCCGACCCCGGAAUGAUCCCCUACCCUAAGAUAAGCUAAGAUGAUCUAAGAUGAUCUAAUCUCCUUUAUGUCUACAAUACCGACUCCGUGCCACCCUGGGGUGGCACGGAGGAGAAAAUCAGAAUUUUAGAAGAAUCCUUAGAGUUAUUAUUGAAAAAGAAAUGUGUCACAAGGAAGGACGUAAAAUAGAUUAACUCUGUGUUCGACCUAGUCUAGUAGCUUCUAGUGGAGGAGCGCUGCGUGACGACUCUAAACACGGCUGUGAAGCAGACUAUGUUCGACCACAACUGUUGCAUUUUAUUGCUAAUGUCAAUCAAUUCGAGAUUGAUUGAACAAAACAGGAGUCAAAUUUCCCUCCUGUCGUCUCCCGCAGUCGUUUUCUUACUGGGACGGACCAUUUAGAAAAGUUAUGGGGGGCGGGGAGAGGGGAAUUUUCGAGUCGCAGGAUUUUCUUUUCGUUAUCAAAUUCCUUGUAUGAAUUUUUUUAGGCCAUAACAUGAAUAUUUUUUAGGAUUAAUUGGCGUGCAUGAAUUUUUUUUCAUUUAAUUUUCCCUUGUCCAAAUAGUGUACUUCGCCCCCCCCGCCCCGGCAUAACUUUUCUAAUGGUCCGUCCCUUAGCAACGGAAAUGAAAAAUUCUCUUCAACUUCCUGUAAAUCGGUCAACUGAUAAGUAGAGUUUCACUUGAAUGCGAAGGUAACUUCGACAAAGAAAACCAGAUAUACAUAUUACAUCAUCUCAACGAGGAAGGAAGUCAUGUCAAAAUCACGAGUUUAAUAAGACGAAGCAAAUCGUGUACUCUAAUUGGCUGCCCGAGACGUUGACAAGAUGGGUCUAUAAUCUUGCCCGCGGGGGAUUUCUCUCUUUCGUUUAGCAACAAAAACAAAAAAAAGCUUCUAGGCCUUACAAUCACUCCUUUAUUGAACAAGCAUGUCCGGUCAAGAUUUCUUUACGUUUACGGACCUCACGCAUAAAUAACAAGUACAAGUGCAUAUAUUAUUUACACGGGGUACAUCACCAUGGCGCAACAACAAUACAUCAAAGAGUCAUGACAUUAUCACGCGGUUUGACUGAAAAACGUGCGCGCGCACUCAAGAUAGUAUAAAGGUUGAAGUCCGCUCCUCUCGAAUUUCUCACCUUUGCUGAAAUUUCAAAAGAAUCUCUCUUGACGAAUCAUGGUCUUGCUACGCAUCUGCGCUGCCCUGUUCAUCACACUUCCGUUGCUCACUGUCGCAGCUCCAGCAGCAGCUCCCAGAGUAGAAAUAGCUUUGUAUUAUGAGAGCUAUUGUGGAGGAUGCAGAGAUUUCAUCAGAGACCAGCUUUAUCCGACAUUCCAGAAGGUUAGCCAAAUCAUGGACAUAACGCUGGUCCCUUAUGGCAAUGCCGAAGAGACUCAAGAUGGAAGUGAAUGGCGUUUCAAUUGCCAGCACGGUCCUCAAGAAUGCGUGGGAAACUUGAUCGAGACCUGCGCUAUUUCCAUCCUGCAGAAUGUAACCUCUUAUAUGCCUUUCAUUCACUGCGUUGAGGUAAAUAUCGAGAGUGGUGACCCACGUUCUGUAGCAGAGAAGUGUGCCAGCCAACAAGGAAUUGAUUUUACAGCAAUCGACAAGUGUCAAAGUGGUCCCCAGGGAAAUGCCCUCGAGCAUAAAAUGGCGCUGAAGACGAACGCUCUGAAUCCACGUCAUUAUUACGUUCCAUGGGUAACGCUGAACGGCAAACACACGGAGGAUAUACAGGAAAAGGCCACGUUCGAUUUACUAGGACUGGUGUGUUGCACUUUUCAAGGUACCAAGCCUUCUGCGUGUCAGGAAAAAGAAGCCAUACAUAGCCGCUGCUACAAAGUUGCGUGA